UUCCUGUCGGCGGCGGAAGCGCGAAGGGGUGCUUCCGCUUUCCGACGCCGCGCGCUCUCCGCUUUCAGCCGACGCGGGAUCAUGGCGGCCACCGCGACGAUGGCGAACUCGGGCUCGGCGCGGAAGCGGCUGCUCAAAGAGGAAGACAUGACCAAAGUGGAAUUCGAGACGAGCGAGGAGGUGGACGUGACGCCCACGUUCGACACCAUGGGCCUGCGGGAGGACCUGCUGCGCGGCAUCUACGCCUACGGGUUUGAAAAGCCCUCCGCCAUCCAGCAGCGCGCCAUCAAGCAGAUCAUUAAAGGGAGAGACGUCAUCGCUCAGUCUCAGUCUGGCACAGGCAAAACUGCCACCUUCAGCAUUUCCGUCCUCCAGUGUCUGGACAUCCAGGUCCGCGAGACGCAGGCCCUGAUCCUGGCCCCCACCAGAGAGCUGGCUGUGCAGAUCCAGAAGGGCCUGCUCGCGCUCGGCGACUACAUGAACGUGCAGUGCCACGCCUGCAUCGGGGGCACCAACGUAGGGGAGGACAUCCGGAAGCUGGACUAUGGGCAGCACGUCGUGGCCGGCACUCCGGGGCGCGUGUUUGACAUGAUUCGUCGCAGGAGCCUGAGGACGCGGGCUAUCAAGAUGCUGGUUUUGGAUGAGGCGGAUGAAAUGUUGAACAAAGGUUUCAAAGAGCAGAUUUACGACGUGUACAGGUACCUGCCCCCGGCCACGCAGGUGGUGCUCAUCAGCGCCACGCUGCCCCACGAGAUCCUGGAGAUGACCAACAAGUUCAUGACGGACCCCAUCCGCAUCCUGGUGAAGCGUGAUGAGUUGACCUUGGAAGGCAUCAAGCAGUUUUUCGUGGCGGUGGAAAGAGAAGAGUGGAAGUUUGACACGCUGUGCGACCUCUACGACACACUGACCAUCACCCAGGCCGUCAUCUUCUGCAACACCAAGAGGAAGGUUGACUGGCUGACGGAGAAGAUGAGAGAAGCCAACUUCACGGUGUCGUCGAUGCACGGGGACAUGCCGCAGAAGGAGCGCGAGUCCAUCAUGAAGGAGUUCCGGUCCGGCGCCAGCCGGGUGCUCAUCUCCACCGACGUCUGGGCCCGGGGCCUGGACGUCCCUCAGGUGUCCCUGAUCAUCAACUACGACCUGCCCAACAACAGAGAGCUCUACAUCCACAGAAUCGGGCGGUCGGGGCGGUACGGCCGGAAGGGCGUGGCCAUCAACUUCGUGAAGAACGACGACAUCCGCAUCCUGCGGGACAUUGAGCAGUACUACUCCACGCAGAUCGACGAGAUGCCCAUGAACGUUGCCGAUCUGAUCUGAGGCGUCUGCUGCUCUGGGGAGAAGGUGGCUGCUGUGUCCCCUCGGGACUGUCCAGAGCAGUUUCUGUGUAAGGAGUUUGCGGCCCCAGACAACCUGAAUGGAACGGAACCUGAUCCCCCUGACCACGCUGUCAGGGCGUGACCAUACAUGUCUCUGCACAGAGAGAGGGCACACGCAGCUCAGCGAGUGAUGUGGAAGCCACACAAGGCUGUUGUGGUGAUGCUGCACACACCCAGUUCGCCUUCUUUUCUUUUCUUACCACGUGUAAAUAAUGCUUGGCUCUGUCUUUUUCAUUAAACAGUUUAAACUUUG